AAAAAAGCUUGACCCGAGCCUGCUCGCUAAAGACAUCGCUUAAAGUGAGCGAUGUGACCAGCAUUGGUGGAGGGGUCAAACCAGGAUCGCCGAUUGAAGAAGUUCACCGCUCGAGGUCCAUGGCGAAAACUUGAGCAAAUUCUGCAUAGCUUGUGCAAGGAUGCAGAUAUGCCGGAACCGGAAGUGCCAUCGUCAACGGCGAGAACGCGGACGGGUUGUUCGUCGGUUGCUGAGGAAGUAAAGUAAACAAAUCCGGGAAGGAGAUGUAUCCACCGCUCAGGGGUCACUCCUGUGUCGACGAAACCCUAACCCAGGCAACACCAGCCAACAGCACCCACACAGCACCAAUUGCAUCGUCCCAACAGCCAACCGCAUCCACGCAAAACCCUGUGACACAGGGUUGAUCCUUCCCAACCAACAGCCCUGAAAGACUCUGCCACUGUCACUUAACAAGCAACUCCCCCUAGGCGCUGUCGAAUUGUUUACACACUCUUUCACUCAUUGCCGUCAAGAAAAUUACCACCAAAAUGACACGCUCAAUCCUCCCAACCUUCCCGCUCAUCAUCCUCGGCGUGAUCGAGCCACUGAUGCUCCUCGAAGCUUACCGCGUCGGCAUCAUCAACCCUGGCGCCCAGCACUACUUCACCCGUCAACUCCCGCCCGACUUGCUCUACACCACCAAGACUACUCAGCCUCCCGAUUUCUCUCCCCAGGCCGAAACGGUCACCCUCCAGCUGGUCAACGUCUUCCUCCUCCUCGCGGGCUUGGCUGUCGUGUGCUGCUUCAGCAAGGAUAAAUGGACCGUCAAGGGCUAUUGCGUCGUGGUCGGGCUGGCGGAUUAUGGCCAUAUCUGGUCCAUCUACAAGGGUUUGGGCGCGGAGGCGUUUUGGGAGUUUGGCAAAUGGAACGACUUGGUUUGGGGCGGGGUGUUGGCAUCCGCGCUGUUGAAUUUGGUGAGGUGGGGGGUUGUGUUUGAUGUUUUCGGGAGGUUGAAAGAUGGGGAGAAGGUGAAGACGAAGUGA